AUGGCAGGGCCCGCACACGGCGCAGAGCAGGUACCUACGUACCAUGCGCGUUCAUGAUGAGAAUCUGGGUCGAGGUCCGGCGGCAGGUGUUCCGUCCUCCCUCUCUGUCUAUUGCGCAGAUCCCUGGCGCUCUACGUGCUGAAUGCAAACUCCCGACCAUCGAAAAACUCCCAGUAAGCGAAUUCCAAGUCUUGCAAGUAACACUCUAUCUCCAUCCCUGCUGCAGGCCUCGCUCCGUUUGUCCCGCGAGUUGUUGGCGCGCAUCUUUGGCUUCCAGCCGAUCGAAGAGCUCGCUCGGCUGCGGCAAGGGCUUGGAGUGCGUCUGUACGUCCAGGCGACAGCUGGAUACACCCACCUGACGAUCACCGCCGACCGAUGGGCAGCUUCCUGCACAUUCCUGGGGAAGGGGGCGACUGUGUGGGAGAAGAUGUCGGUGGCCGCGGCCUUUGCCCUCGGGCAGCGUGCGACUCGUCUGAAGGAGCUGACAGUGCUGUAUCCUGCUUUCAAGUACCGGUAUUGGUGUUGUGGCGUCAAGGACGAGGACCUCACGUGGUGCAUGGACAAGUGGGUCUCGAUCGUGGAGGGCAACGCAACGCCUCGGAAGCCAGGGAAGGCCCCGGGCCAGAAGGGGACCGUCUCGUCGGCGGCCAGUCUGGAGGUGCUCCGCUUUCAAGAGCGGAAAAGUGUUGUGAGGCGUCGAAGCGAGGCGGAGUCCCUUCCCCCCCUUCGGUCGUCUCCCCUCCACCUCCCCGCCCUCAAGAGCAUCGUCGGCAUACACGCCUGCGUCGCGAGGACUCUUGCAGAUCGCCGAUGGCUGGCCCCUGCCCUGUCCACACUCACCUUUCAGGGUAGCAACCUGGUCUAUGAGCGCAGUGGGGUGGAGUACUUCAUCUCCAAGAGCGAUGGCAGCCUGGCGGUGCUCGAUUAUAACGAUUACGACGAUAGAUGGACGGAGGCGAAGCAGAGCAUCUCCGACAUGCUCCGGGCUGUCCACAGGUCGGUCCACGGCAGUUUCUCGCUUGCGCAGACCGCCAGCCUUCUUAGUGUCCUGCCGAAGGGCCGCGUGCUGGCGCAACUCCGGCGCCUGUGGCCGAUCGACGUGCACCGUGUUCACGAUGCUGCGGACGCAUGGGAGCUUAGGAAGGUGCUCUAUGAGCGAGGGUGCCGCAAGGCGCUUGCUGGGCUCGAGCUGAGGUUUCAAGUGAAACAGCUGAGCAAGAGCGAUAUCCCCCUUGUCGAGUCGAUCGCAGCCCUCGUGUAAGGGCACAAAGACAGCGACGCAUUGCCAUGCGUGAUACAUGGAUGAUUGGCUGGCUGCAUUGAGUCGUGUCUGGUUGCCGAUGAGUUGUCGAAGCCGCAACUGAAGGGCAUUUGCGUCCUGAAUUACCACGAUAUCUACUGGAAUCAUCUGCAGGUGAUUCAACUACACCUUUCGGUGGGCUCGUCUACUAUGCAUUGCCUGUGCAGAUGGAUGCCGAGCUGGCCUUGUGGGGCCUCACCCAACCACCGAUCGUCAAACAAGUCGUCAACAGUAUGCGAAAAUCAACAGAGACACAGAGCGCUGCACGACAAAGACACAGACAUCUGAAUGUGUGCGUGUGCAGCGUUUGCGAGCAUCGCCAAGCGCGUCGUGUACGUCCAGUCACCGGCUGCUGUCCCCUCCUCCCAUACUCCAGCCGAUAUUGCCGCUCUCAAUUUCAAGGAGGGGCUGAGCUUCCACCUGGACAGCGAUGGAGACAUGCCCAAAGAUGAGAUUACCGUGGCGACUGGCAUCGCAUGCAGACUCUCAAAGUAAGGGCGAGGAGACACAAGAUGGCUAGCACCCCUUGCUGAGAUGCCUGUGUGUCUUGUCUCGUGUGCUGUCAUUCACACAGGCUGCACAUGGUCGUUUUCCGUGGCGCUGAUGGGAGUUCAGGCGCCUCUCCGAUCGUGGCGAGACGAUUUCUGUCUGCGCUCGAGUUGGCUUCUCCCCCUGGCAGCGCGCCAUCCUCAUCGAGAGACUCCUCCCCCAACCGAGUGGUGGGGACGGUGGAUAUCAAGGCGGCGGCAUCCUCCCUCGGCGAGCUCAACUGGGGAGAGCAUGACAAGCGCGACGAAGGCCUACCCACCAUCAAAAGGAUCAACAUCGAGGUUGUAGGUACGGCCAAGUCAGGGAAUCCUCCAAUCAUAUAGGUGACGUCGCAUGUCUCUUUCAGGCGACCUGCCGGAGGGGAUGUCUGUCGAGGCCUUCGAAUGUGCGCUGGUUGAGACGAUGCUGUCUCUCAAGUCGCUCAACGGCUGCAAGACCGUGGAGGCCAACGUGAAAGACCAAACUGCUGCAUUCUACGAGGAUCUCAAGGCGCAGUGCGAUGACGAACAAUCGUGCCUCUCGCGGGCCGACCUGCCGUCGAGUGUAAAGGCGAUAUACCUCCCGCAGUCUUGGAGGAACUAUUUCACACUGAGAGGUACGCGCGGAAGGGAAUGAACGUGGGAAUGAGUGGCGGCCAUAAUGUCAUUCGUUUUCCUACGUUUCCAGUUGGAGAAAGCUAUUACUUUGAGUCCGACUGGCGGUGA